AUGAAUCGCAAUGGCUUGGAACAAAUUCUGUUUAAUUUUGUGACUGUUCCUAAAGUCCAUUCAAGAAGAAUCACAAAGAGUCGAUCCAUCUCCACCACCACCGAUAUGAAAUCAAAGAGUAAUACUAGGCCCGUAAUGCCCAAGAAUCACUCGAGGCGACCACCAUCACAGCAUGACCACAGAGGUGCUGUUUCUGUAGAGUUCAAUCAUCAUCCCUCAGUGACACCUGUAUCGUCUUCACACACCAUGCGUCAUCCUUUUCACUCUUGUCCAACAAAUCCUUGUGGCUACUUUUCUCCAGUUUCUCAAAACUGUCAUGCUGUGGUUACCUCCUCCUCAAACACCACAACUCAUCCUCCAUCACGACCCAUCAUGUCGAAUAUUUCUCAUGCCAUCGUCGACACAACCUUUGUUGAUGGUUUGACGCCAAAUGUUGUACUUCAAGAACAACAUCAUUUGCAACAAGUCAUUCACUUUUGUUCUUCACCUUCUUCAGAGGAGAGUGUUUCAUUAUCGAGCUCCCUUUCAAGCACCAGUUUGGAUCCUUACUUCAUGACAUGUCCAACUGCAGGUUUGUGUGUGAGUGGAAACACCACUCCAAAACUACGAAAGAUUAGAACUUCCAUUUCCAUAAAAGAAUUACUCAAUUAA